AUGGACCCGCAAGUUGCUAGUAUGAUGAUACAGCAGGCACAGCAGCAUAUGGCUGCAUUCGGCUUCCGACCUGCUAUUCCACUCAUGCAGCCACAUAUCGUCGCACCUCCUCCAGAACCCGUUGGCGUAACACCUCUAAUCAGCCCUCAAGGUGCUGUACUUACUGCUGCAAUUAGCGAUACCAUCAACACGGCCAUACCGUUUGCCCCAAUAUAUCCAACACAGCCUCCUUUCGUGCCGCUCAAUGAUGAGACGUUGAAGGAUUGCGUCCGAAAACAAAUCGAAUACUACUUUUCUGCGGAUAAUCUUCAGAAAGAUUUCUUUUUGCGUCGCAAGAUGAAUUCGGAAGGAUUUCUGCCCAUCACUCUCAUUGCUUCAUUUCCACGUGUCCGAUCUCUGACCCAAGAUUUGACACUGAUUUGUGAAGGUCUUCGAGAUAGCGAAAAGGUAGAAUUGUCUGAGGACGCAAAUAUGGUUCGUCCUCGUUUGAAUCCUACAGAAUGGCCUUUGACUCCUACAGUGCAUCCUGCUCAACCUUCUUCGAGUCAAAGUGAAACUGUCGCUAGUACGGCACCCGGGUCGACUGCUUCUGAGCCUUCUGCUAGCCAAGUGAAGACUCAGCAAGAGCAGCAAGCUAAGCAAAGCGAUAGUAUUUUUAGAAGGCUCCCGCUGUUUCUAAAAACCGAAACACCGGCGCCUAGUGCCCAGGCUCCUACCGCUGAGAAAAAAGUGCAGUCGCAGUCGUCGACUUCAACGAAGCCCACUGUUGGACAAGCAGAGGAGGAGUGGGAGGAAGUAAAGCCAAAGAAGAAAGGGAAAGGACGUGCUGAAAAGCCUACCACAGUCAAAGACACGACCAGGUCGGAGCAGGACUUGGAUUUUCAGUUCGACAAUGAGCUGGAAAUCAGCGCAGGCGGCAGUGAAACCACUAAACGCGAGAAACCAGUGAAGGGCAUUCGCUUGAGUGCGGAUGCGUUUGAAGAAAUUGGUGAUGAUAUUGUGAAUAAACUGAUCAUCAUGACGCCUAUGAAACGAACGUUGGAUAGAACCGGUGACUUCACUUCUCGGUCCAAACAUCAUGCAGAAUUCAAUGAGGAGGUUGAAAUUGGUCUUCGACGUUAUGAAGAAGAGCUGUGGAGUGCACCUGUCGAGAAGGAAGCUCCGUGA